UUUUUUUCCUCCCCUUGUGGAUUCUGCGUUAUCGGUGAUUGAUUGCCGACGUAUCAUCCCACCGCCAGGAUAUGCCUCCCGUGUAAAGAAUUGGGUGGAACGAACCUUGCGAACCGCACGCCAUUCCCGUCGACUCGAUCCAGCGACAACGAAAAUCGAAUCCGCUCGAGUCUGUCUGUCUCUCCCUCCGAAUCGCAUCUCCCUCCUCCGUGUCGGGAUCCGUGUAAGAUCGCUGAGCCGCGAUCAUCGCCCCUCCUGGAUCCUCCAGACGUCUCUGGGGGCCUGUCUGGCAAUCGAUACUGGGCAAUCGGAGGCGAUACGGGAUAUUCUGCCGGCACGCUGACCUCGACCUUGGCUCAUCCGCCGCCCGUGGAGACAGCCGAUCUGUAUCACCCGCUAGGGUUCUCGCGCGACACCACCGCCAACCUGGCUGCUCUUGCGGUUCCGCCACCGGGCAUGGGGACAGCGCUCGAUGCGCUGACUGCCCCUCAACCGUUGAAUUCCCGUCGACCCGCGGCGCCGUCGCUCCCCAGCUUUGAGCUGCCGCCCCCGAACUUUCAGAUCGGAGGAGCCGCGGUGAAGUAUCACUCCCAUCCCGCGCAUCCCCCGCCAGCGAACAAUCCCAGUGUCAAUAGCCUUCUGACGCCGCCCGCCUCGACGCAGUCUGGUGAGACGCCGGUGCCCACGACCACCACUGCCGUGACGACUGCCGCGGUCUCUGCAUCCCCCGAUCCGACCUCGUCCUAUACCGCCGCCUACUGGCCCGCCCAAAAUUCAUACGCCGCUGCGUCCACGACACCCCGUCAGUCCUGGAGCGCGGGUGUGAAUCCCUACCCGCCGCGCGACACCUUCUCCCCCGCCGGGAACCAUCUCCAUCGACACUCGGUGACCUCCCCAUCCGGGACCGAGGCGAUCCCGAACCAGCCGUACGACAUGAACCACCUCCCGCCCUUUCAGCAACCGCUCGCAUCGAGCAUGCCGGGCCCGAAUUCGCAGCAUUAUGCCAUGACGCAUGCGAUGCUUGCGGCACAGAAUGCGCUCCCUAAUCCGCCACCGGCCCCGCCGUCGCUACCCUCGAACGACCCGUACAUGACCAAAUCCUCGUCCGCUCCCUCCUACACCGGAAUCCAGCAGAUGUCGAAUCCCUCGGGGGCAUAUGGCCCCUACGGUCAGACCAGCUUAGCGAUUCAUCCCCCCGGACGGGUGGCCUCCAACCCGCCCCCGCAUCAUCUCAACUAUCAGCGACAGCCGUGGCCCUCGUAUUCGUUACCGGCGAUGAACGGACCCGUGCUGACGAACGUGCACAAUCCGAACGGACAUAUGUCGCUCGUUAGCAAUCCGCUCCCCGGCCGGCUGGCGUUCAACAGCGGCCAAUUGGCCAUGCAGCAGAUGUAUGGGGGUCAUCCCUCCCACGCGGGCCACCCACCGGGUCCGACAAACGACCGACCCUUCAAGUGCGACCAGUGUCCGCAGAGUUUCAACCGGAACCACGACCUGAAACGACAUAAACGGAUCCAUCUGUCCGUGAAGCCGUUCCCCUGCCAUCAUUGCGAUAAAAGCUUCUCUCGCAAGGAUGCAUUGAAGCGACACAUUCUCGUCAAGGGCUGCGGCAAAGACGUGUCCGAUACGAUCCCGAAGCAGGAGGGUGAAACGGUGAAACAGGAAGACAAAGACCUGGAGCAUGGCCUGUCGAUUUAGCCUGCCCCUGUUAUGGUUUACCCCUUGAUUUCGACCACACCUCAUGAAUUCCCCACGCGACUCGACAGACCUUUCUCGACCUCCCCUUCACCUCUCGACUUGAUUCCCGGCUUUAUUGUGCUAAUUUUAUUGUGUACGUUCCAUGAUGCUUUGUAUUUGGCCUGUAUGUACUUGGCGAGCGGUUCGGUUGGGACGAUUGCUUGUUUGUUUUAUGUUUUCUUUCCUUUCUUGAUAUCUUGUGAAUGGUUUGGCAUCAGCGAGGGAUAGCCGGAUGUAUGUACACGUAUGUAGGUAGAGGCGUUGUAGGAGACUAUUGGGAUCCGUAUUUGAAGGCAAAUUGAUUUCGGAAAGAGUCUCCUUGCAGUGGAAUCACUGUGUACUUGAAUAUCCGAUGUAAGGUCUGGUCUAGGAGACUGUGCCCUUCAUGUAACUAUAUAUCAUUAUGCAACUUCAACCUCCGUAU